AUGCUGAAGGCGGCGGCAGGGGCGGCCGGCCAGCGGGCGGCCGCAGGUAUGGGCUUGGGCAAGGACAUGGGCACCCAGUACGCUGCUGCCAGCCUGGCCCGGGCAGCCACGCAACAAAGAAGCCAUCCAGCGAUGAGCCCCGACACCCCUGGCCCAACCGUGGGCAGAUCCCAGGGCAGCCCAAUGGAUCCCAUGGUUGGACCCCAGGGGCCAUCGGAGGAAUGCAGUACCCACAGCAGCAGAUGCCACCUCAGUAUGGACAGACAGCAAGGCAUGAGUGGUUACUGCCAGCAGGGCCAGCAGCCUUACUACAACCAGCAGCCACAGCCUCCGCACCUCCCCCAGCAGGAGCAGUACCCGCCAUUCCAGUCCCAGCAGAGGUACCAGCCACAGCAGGACAUGUGUCAGGAAGGCUAUGGAACUAGGUCUCAACCUCCUCUGGCUCCCGGAAAACCUAACCACGAAGACUUGAACUUAAUACAACAAGAAAGACCAUCAAGUUUACCAGCUGAAGUCUUGACCUCGGAGGAUACUGCCUUUGGACUCAAGGAUCUGUCUGGCUCCACUGAUGACCUCCCCACUGGAACAGAAGGAACUUUGAGCUCAGCAGCCAGUGCAUCCAUGUCCAUGAGCAGCCAAGGAGAUCAGAGCAAUCUGGCUCAGUCACCUCUCUCUCCGCAUGCAUCUCCCCAUCUCUCCAGCAUCCCUGGGGGCCCAUCGCCUUCUCCUGUCGGCUCUCCUGUAGGAAGCAACCAGUCCCAGUCUGGCCCAAUUUCUCUUGCAAGUAUUCCAGGCAGUCAGAUACCUCUUCAGCCACCUGGGAGCCAGUCAGAAUCCAGUUCCCAUCCUGCCUUGAGCCAGUCACCUAUGCCACAGGAAAGAGGUUUUAUGGCAGGCACACAAAGAAACCCUCAGAUGUCUCAAUAUGGACCUCAACAGACAGGACCAUCCAUGUCGCCUCAUCCCUGUCCUGGAGGCCAGAUGCAUCCUGGAACCAGUAGCUUUCAGCAGAGUAACUCAAGUGGGACUUGCGGUCCACAGAUGAGCCAAUAUGGACCACAAAGUAAUUACUCCAGAAUCCCAACGUAUAGUGGGGUGCCCAGUGCAAGCUACAGCAGCCCAGGGCCCGGCACGGGCAUCAAUGCCAAGAACCAGAUGCAUGGACAAGGGCCAAGCCAGCCAUGUGGUGCUAUGUCCCUGGGAUGAAUGCCAUCAACUGCGAUGCAGAACAGACCGUUUCCUGGAAAUAUGAGCAGCAUGACCCCCAGUUCUCCUGGCAUGUCUCAGCCGGGAGGGCCAGGAAUGGGGCCACCAAUCCCAACCAUGAACUGUAAGGCACAGGAGGCAGCUGCCACAGUGAUGCAGGCCGCUGCAAACUUGGCACAAAGCAGGCUUUUAGGAAUCCAAGAUGGAAUAUGCAUUGUUCCUACGGGCUUGGUGGAAACAGCUUCACCAAGAUGCAGAGUUGAAAAUACCGCUCUUUGGAGAAAGGCGGAGACAACCAGGAGACAUGCUUUAGACAUGGAGAGGCCCUGUGGGCAACACCACGUCACAGGCCCAUGGCAGAGACACACACAGGAGAAGUUCUGCUCCAAAGUCAUCUGCAAAUAUCCACUCACUAGACAGCAUUCUGGAGAAUAUGCUAACAAAGUCCCCUCUGCCUCUGUAUCGGAACGGUCUUUUUCACAGAAAUGGUGA